GUGAUCAUCGCUCAGUGAGUGAUCAUGGCGGCCAUGUCGUCAUCGGAAGAUUCGAGUGAAAAUACGAGUAACACCAAGAUUGUUUUAGGAGAUCUUUUGACGGAAUUAAAUCUUGAUUUCUGUGCGCAAGACUUUGCAAACUAUAUUAAAGUUGAUGUUUCUUCACAGGUAAAAACAUAUGAAGAUAUUAUUGAGGAUAUGUUGGUUCGUUUGGAUGAGUUUUGUCAAACAGCCGAUAUGGUUCGCAAUGAAUCCGGAAUGUUUAUGACAGAUCUUCUUCCAAGAAUUAUUUCACAAAGUGAAGAUCUCCCAGUUAUAUUUCAAAAGAUUGACCAAUUAGAGAAGUUUGUUUCAAUAGUGAAAAAUAAUGUCGACCAACUUGAAGAACAGGUGAAUAAAGCAGAGAAGGAUCUUGGAACAUCAACAGUAAAAGGAUUCCUCAGCUCUCUACCUAUCAAGAGAUUCAGACAGAAAAAAAGGGAAACCAAACCACCUGAUGUUCAGUGGACUCCAAUGACAUUAACAGAUUUAAAACAAUAUUUCGAAAAAGAUCAGAGUAGAACAUUGGAUACAAAUAAUUCAGAACAAAGUGAAACAGGAGAAAAUAAUAUUUAAAUAAUCUUUGUUUACAGUUU